AUGGAGGCACUCAAGAAGAGCUUCAAGAGCGCGACUCAGCACCUCAGCGAGGAGGAGGAACGCCGUCAGCAAUGCGAGGCCAUGAGUGAGAAGUCAAUGGCUACGUGUUCGCGCGUGAAGUUCCUAGUCAACGCCAUUGAAAAAGGAGGUUGCAAAAUCGAGCCAGGGUUCUUCUCUAGUAUCCAUUGCGAGAGCGAUAUCAAUGGAGGAUUCCACCUGGACGACGAGGGCAAACCGGGAGUCGUGUUGUGCCAGAACCACAUCCCGGACCAGGAGUGGAUGGACCGCACCAUGGCGCACGAGUUGAUCCACGCGUUCGACCACUGCCGCAACAAGAUUGACUGGAACAAGUGCGAGCAUCACGCUUGUAGCGAGGUUCGAGCUGCUGCGCUCAGCGGCGAUUGCAAUUGGAAGUACGAGUUCUUCCGCAAGAAUUUCAACGUCAGCAAGCAGCAUCAGAUCUGCACGCGAAGACGAGCCAAGCUGUCCAUCGAGCAGAACGAAGCGUGCAAGGGCCGAGCGGACGAGUGCAUUGAGCAGGUGUUUGACUCUUGCUACCGCGAUUGGUCGCCCUUCCGCGAGAUCCCCUAG